AUGAGGCCUACGUUUCUGUGGCUCCCUUUUCUGCUGGCGGCCGUCUACCCGGGAGAGGGGGGCAGCCAUCGGGAUCCGCAGCACGCUCAGGGGUAUGGAGUGAGCCCCUCCGCCGCCUCGGGGCCAUUCUGGGUGCGUUUAACCCCGAAGCUGGCGGAGGUGCCGCCCGGGGCCUCGGUGUGGCUGAACUGCAGCCACAGCUGCCCCCUGCCGGCGACGUCCAGCCUGCGCACCCGGCUGAGGCGGGGCCCCGCGCUCGAGGGUCCGGGCUGGGUCCGCUAUCAGCUGCUGGAGGUGAGAGCCUGGAGCUCCAGCGCGGUCUGCCUCGUCACCUGCGCGGGACACACGCGCCAGGCCACGGCCAGGAUCAACGCUUACAAGCGGCCGCGCAGCGUGAUCCUGGAGCCUCCGGUGCUCGAGGGCCGCCGGUACACCCUGCGCUGCCACGUGACGCACGUGUUCCCCGUGGGCUUCCUGGUGGUGAGCCUCCGGCGCGGCGGCCGGCUCAUCUACUCCGAGAGCCUGGAGCGUUUCCAGGGUCCCGAUCUGGCCAAUGUCACCCUGACGCACGUGGUGCCCGCCAGGCCCCACGACUUCUGGCAACGCUGGACGUGCCACGCGCGCCUCAAUCUCGAUGGCUUGGUGAUCCAGAGCAACUCCGCCCCGGUCACGCUGCUCCUCCUGGCUCAGAGCCGCACCUCCACAGCCCUGGCCUCCACUUCUAUCGUCGUCGUGGUGGGAAUUUUUCUCGGUGUGGGAGUUGUUUCCUUGUGCAAGUACCUGGCCAUGCAGCCGCGGGCAGAGACGGAGGGGUGUUCUAGGCCAGCUGAGCAGGAAGAACGUUGCUCUGCCAUCAGUAAAACCUUGAUGGGCCAGUGGGAUGACUGCAGACGAUCGGGGCCGACCUCCAACGUAGACCCCGGGGGCUCGCGCGCUCCCGCCGGCUGGAUCUCACCGAGGCCUUGGAGCCCCGCACACGCUCGCCUCCCGCCCGCCCCCCAUCCCUCCCUCCCCGCCGCCUCUGCCGCCGCCCCCUCCUUGGAAACCAAGUUACCAACGUUUAAACCAAUCCCCGAGCGCAACUCGGCCUCCCCCACACUCCACCCGCCGCGCCGCGCCGCGCCGUCCGCCAGCCCGGCUCGUCGCUCGCGCUCCCUCGCCUCUGCGCUCCCCCCACGGCGGCGGCGAUGCCAGGGCCUUCGCCAGGGCUGCGCCCAGCGCUACUCGGCCUCUGGGUUGCCUUGGGCCUGGGGAUCCUCGGCCGCUCAGGGCGCUCUCCAGCACCCGGUCCCGCGCCCCGAGGGCCGCGAGGCUCCCCUGUCCCCGCCCCUCCGGGUCGGGGCUGCACCUCGGGGCGCGGACUGGCAUUUUCCUUACUCGCGAUCGGCAGAGACCCCAUCUCAACUCUCAGGGUUCAGAACAGAAGCGGUGUUUGAAACGCUCCGCCUUGGAGCCUUGGCGGCUGGGUCCCGGGGCUCCGAGGCUGCUUUCCACGCUCUCUACCUAGGCUGGGGGGGGGUCCUCCUUAGUCCUUGA